AUGUUGGAGUAUGAAGGUCUCUAUUCUGCCAUUGCUGGUUGCACUGGUGUUAUCCAUCUUGCUUCUCCAACUCCCUUUGAACACAUUCCUAUUCCUAAUCCUGAGGUAGAAUUUGUUGAAUCGGCCAUAAAAGGAACAAGAAAUGUGCAAAAUGCAUGUUUGAAGGCAAAAGUGAAGAAGGUGGUGGUGGUGGUGGUGUCAUCUGUUGCUGUUGUUAUGGUGAACCCUAAUUGUCCAAGGAUCAACCCAUGGAUGAAAAUUGUUGGAGCGACCCUGAAUUCUGCAAACAAUUGGAGAUUUUCCCUCUGCUGCUCUCUAGCCCUGUUAUUCUUCUUCCAUACCCUCACUCCCGAAACUGCUGCUCUCCAGAUUCUAUAG